AUGUCCGUCCUACCUUAUGCUACGCUUCAACCCACUUACUCUGCCGUGUUCGAUGACAUCGCAUCGGCUUUGAUUGCAACCGACAAGGUAUGGCUAUCACUCUACGCUUUUAAUGCGCCUUCGAGCAGCAUACAUGCGACCGUCUGGCUGGAACCUUGCAAACCUGCUUCCGCCGAACAUGCCAAUACGGAAGAGGGCACUGAACGGGCUGGGGGAGUGAGAAUAGCAAAGGUGGACGGCAAGGUGACGGUCAGGAGGGUCAAGGGCAGCUCGGUGAGUGGCGCUUGGCACCGCGCGCUCUAGACACUGACGCAUUGGGCUGGCUGACCUGCUCUCCUAUUGCCUUGAUUUUCUUUGAAAGACGGACCUGCUCGUCUCAACCACUUCAUCAGAGUUGAAUUCGAGCACAUCGGCAAGGACAGCUCAGUCUCAAGUCUUAUACGCACCCACCCUGCUGCGAGCUCCACGAAAGGACUUUGGGUCUAUCAUAAGAGGCCACGAAGGAGCUACAGCUCUAGAUGUAGCGUCCUCGACUGCUGUUCCUGGCUUGGAGCGAUACGUAGUAGGAGGGGCCGAUGGAGCGCUGAGAAUAGGCGUGCUUGAUGUACCCAAGGAAGACGAGACCAUCGACGAAUCGCUGAAAGGAGCCGAUGAGCAAGAUGAGAUCGAAAAGUUGGCGCAAAGGAGGAUAAGGGAAAGGGCGAGGCAGUUACAAAGAGAGCAAGUGAUCCCAUGCAAAGGACAUGUGGGAGACAUCAGGUCCGCCCAAUUCUUUCCCAGCGGUGACGGUGAGUAGCAGAUGAGGCGUUUCGAAGUCAAGCGGCCUUUCGCUGUGUCUUGCUUGUAGAGACAACUGACGCGAGGAAAGUUUUGCAUCUGCAGUGAUCCUCAGCACUUCUUCAGAUCACACCGCCAGGAUAUGGGAUGCAAAGGAUGGUACAUGCGUCAGAGUGCUGAAGGGUCAUUCCAGAGCUGUGCUUUGUGCAGCGCCGAUCGGACGAGGCAGACAAGUCGUCACAGGAGGAGGAGACGGCACGCUGCGGAUAUACGACGUCGGCGAAGACAAACAGAUAGGCGUGAUCGGUUCCGACAGGUACAGCAGCGUCAACGCAGUAGGUCUGCGUCCGGAAAGCGUCUUUCCUACUUCCGAUCAACCCGCAGAGUCCAUGGAUGUACCCACCUUGGCGGCUGGCCUAGCCUCGGGCAGAGUCCAGCUCUUUGACCUCAAAAGCAAAAGCUCGAUAGGCCUGAUAGAUACGCACUCUUUUCCGCUCGGCUCCCCUCCCGCAGCAACUGACACGUGGGCCCAGUUGUCCAAGGGUGGCGGGAUCACUGCUUUGGCAUGGAUCGACCAACACACGCUCAUCGCUGGUACUACCGAAGGAGUCUGUUCGCUGCACGACGUCCGCAAGCUGGGCACCGGGUCUACAGAAAUCGACGGCACGACUUUAGAUGCAUCAGUCAGCAUAGAAGGACUAGAGGCGAACGCAGGACCGCCUUGCCUGAUAAGCACUUGGCGAAGGAAUGGAGCUGCGAUUACGGAUAUACAGGUCAACACUUCAAAAGCCUCGCUCGGACAAGUCGACGUGCUCGUGGCUACUUCUGACGGACUUCCUUAUCGAGCCGACAUCUCCAAGCUUUUGUUAGGAGCAGCAGAGUCCAAAGCGACUGCGCCCAGAGUCACAGUGGAAUACACGGGCUGGGAGGCUGAGAAUGUCGGUACGAUUCGUCUGGAUGGGAAGGGCAGAGUGCUCUGCGCCGGCGCAGAAGGGAUGCUCAAAAGGUAUUGA